CCCUCCUUCUCUCCCCUCUUGGGCAAUAUUUAAUUUUCUUUGUUGAAAGUCUGGCUUCCCGACCACGGCGAUAUGUUAUGGACCCCAUGGCCGACGUCUGUCCCUACCGUUCUCUUCGUCUGCGCUCUGCUGGCCUGGUGGUUUAUUGAGCCCAAGACGGCCCAUCUAAACUUGAUAGUUGUCAUCGGCUGUGUUCUGUUCUACUGGGCCGUGGCACCUGAGCUUGCCCAGGCCACACCUUACCAGAUAUACCAGUUCAGCAUCCACACCGCAAAGCUCUUACGACUGGACGUCUUGGUCCUGUGUCAUACAAAUAUGCUUGUUACCGGACUUGCUGUCGUGUGGUUGGCCCACCGAGCCGUUCAGACCCUUCGAAAAUCUGUCAACGAACUGAUCGGUGUUCUGGGUGUCGAGGUACCUGAUGCUCCUGAUGUUUCGUUAGCAGGUAUUCGUGCAGAUGCCGCUACUCUGAACUGGACACGCCCGCUGCCCACUCGGCCGGUUGCCAAGUUUACGAUUCAAGUCAAUGGUGUCAAUGUUGGCGAUUCCGCGAACCAAGAGACAGCUAUCACCGUCACCGGUCUGAAGCCAAAUCAUUUUUAUAACAUAAGGGUCAUCGCGGUCGGGUAUAAUAAUUUUCAAGCUGGUAGUCGCGUAAUACGUCUACGGACAUAUGGAAGAGAUGGCCGCCCUCAACUCGGAGACGGUCGUCUACCGUCAAACUUUGUUCCCGAAGAGCAGCAGCUAGCUAUGCCCAGCGACCAUGCGGAUGAGGAUGGAACCUCUAGGGGCUCUGCUGCCGGCGUGGAAACAGCGUCCGUUCCAGACAAUCCUGUAGUAUCUAUACGAGAAGCCAAUCCCGCCGCCCCAGUCGGUCCGAGACGAAAUACCUUAACGCGCAAGCAUUCACCCUCUACAACGAGUAUGGAUCAAUCUGUCAAGGACGCCCUAAGUAAAGAUUCAGAGGAAUCUCUGCAGGAGCUAGGAGAAAAAUUCGAGAGCAUUCGGAAAGAGAUCGAUGAAACGCAGGCGCAGAUUGCAAAAGACGAAAAGGAGCAUAGAGAGUUGAUGGAAGAGUUAGCGGAAGAGAAAAAGACGAAGAGGCGCAUACAGAAGGAGAAGGAUGAUACGACUGAGAAGUUGAAGAGGGAAAUGGGCUCAACCGAACGUGCUAUGAGAAGCGCACAGCAGCGGAAAUCUCAGAAGGAAAAGCUCUUAAGGGAGAAGCAGGCCGAACGACAAAAGCUUUAUGACGAUAUAGCGAAAUGGGAGAAAGACAUGGCUUCGAUGCAAAAACGUCAAAGUGCUUUCGAGAAGGACCGUGAAAUUUGUCAGAAAGAAGGCGAUGGCCGAGCUGAAGAGCUGCGUGCCGAAAUUGCCCAAGCCCAGGCGAGCUUAACUCAGGAAGAAAUGGAACUCAAGGAAAAGAGCAGGGUGUUGAAAGAAGCGGAAGAACAGAGGAAAAAGCUGCCUGGUGGAGAAGAGAGCGAAGAAUGGCGCGAGAAAGACCGUCAAAUUCGGAGAGACUGGGAAAUCCGUGCUAGGGACUUGCAACGACGACUUUACGCUGCUAAUAGAAAGCUACGAAUGGUCAACGAUUACGAGACGGUACUACAGGCCCAAUUAGUGGCUGCGCAGCAGUCCGGUCUUCCUUUCAUGUACAAUCAAGCAAAUUCAUCGGGGGUUGAUUUCGACUUGGGGACGCAAAAUCAGCUUAAAAGGAGAAGCCGGAACAGCAAUUCCCUUUCCAAUGUGACCGUGCCGUCACCAGUCAUGUCAUUUGCGAUGGCAGAUCGGUCAUAUGGAGCACCAACCACUUUCGGUCCUUCUAGGCCUCCUACUAUCCCCCCUGGGUUCGCUCAGGGUCCUUACAUAGAACACAACCCCGAUUUCUCUGGCCCGCCUGACGAGGAACGCAUUCGACAACUAACUGGCGGCGCACCACUCAGUCCCACAGCGACCUCCCUGUUACCUGCUGGAAUGCUUGACGACCUUGUGGAUGACGAACCUCCCAGUCCUAACUCUCGGCCGUCCCGCCACAAUACGUUCGGCUCAGCCUUCUCGCCUGAGAAUAAUCCCCAGUCGCCUACCUCUUCGACCCGCUCACUCAAUAUUUUCUCUAGCCCACACGGGUCCUCUCAUCACUUACCCUUCUCUCAAUUUACCGGUGAAAUUAGCGAACGUCGGUCACUUAAGGGGAUCAGAGAUCUUAACGCAACGUCAUCACCCAUUGUGCCACCUUCUCAGGCUACAAGCAGGCGAAGCUUUCUGCCAUGGCUUCACCGUGGCCCUAAGACGGUCGAGGAACCGCCAGCUCUAGGGUCUUUGAAAUCUGUUCAGACUCAAUCGUUACCCCGUUCAGUAGAAGAUGGAGACGCCAUUCCGACUAGGCGGCGAAUUAGUUUCUCGUCCAGUUGGAACCUACUUAAUCGGAACUCUACGGGAUCGGAAAUCCUUGAUGCUAGCAGUCCCAGCGCGAGAAGCCUUCAUUCGCACCGAUUUGGCCUCGGCGCAAACGCGCAUAGUAUUAGCAUUGGGAGCAACAUAUUCUCGGAACGUGAUCCAAGCAGUCCUAGACCGGUUUCUAUCGCUUCAUCUGAAUUACCGCGCCCAUCUACCGAGAACUCUUCCAUUUGGGCCCGGGGCCCUCAGCCCAGUCGAUUGUGGUCUGCUGAUGAGAACCCAUGGGCAGCCUCUCGGAACCCAUCUAGGAGACCUUCCAUCCAUGGCUCCCCUUCCGCGUUAAAAACCACACUAGCCGAUGCCAAUGAUGAAAUCCUUGACGAGUCGGAAUUAUUGCAGGCAUUGCCCAGCCAAGUGGGAGUUAUUGGUACAAAGCCGUCUUCUAAAACAUUGAGCCAACGCCUCAACCCUGCAGCACCUAGCUUUAUGGCAGGGUUCUUCCGCAACAAGCUUGAUAAAGAAAAAGAAUCGGAGAAAGACUUUAGAGACUCAAAAGACAAGGGUAAAAAUAGAGCAAGGGACAGGGACUCGGCUAAGGAAAAUAGGCCUCGUGUCUCAUUGUCGUCGGCGUCCGAAGCCACUGCUCCUUCUGUAGACGACUCGCCAUCGGAGUCCCGCAAAUCUCGCGACGCUUUUAGCAUCGGCGCGCCGUCUGUCGCUGAAUCCCGCGAGUCGCUCACUUUGGAUCAACCGCUUUCUAACACUCUUUCCGACCAAGCACUCGGUUUUGGGAAUAAGGAACAGGAAAGCGGGUUUAGAAAAUUAUUACGAAAAGGGAGCUCUUCAAAAUUUAGCUUCACGUCGGUACGGGGUUUAGGAACUAAGAAGGGCCCAGGCAGCGUGACCAACUCUGAUAAAAACGCAUCAGUCGAGCGCAGCAGCUUUGACGAAUACGCGGAAGAGAGCAGCGGUGGCGGACCGGGAUUGAAUCUCGGUCAGAGCUACGAUAGUCUCCACAGCAGCCCAUCCCUGGGACCUACAAGCAUGAACAGACAUGCUAAAGACAAGUCAGUUGGUUGGGGUUCUCGGUUCGCAAUGAAGAAAAGGACAGGUAAAGAAAAGGAGAGUCUAGACCUCGAAAGAGAAGAAUCCGCGUCGGUGCCGAAUACGCCUGUGCUGGAUUAAGCUGCUGGGCGAUGAAGGUUGUGUGGUUGCGAUAGUGAGGGCAAAGCGGUUCUUUGUAAAAGCAAUAGUUACAAAAUUCGUCAGCGUCUGAACUAUUUACUCAAAGAUCUACUACGACUUAGUUGCCCGUACGUGAUGACAUAAAUAAGACGAAAUAUACCUACAUUAUAUCUAUUCCUCUUUAAGAGCUACGUAUGUUCUUGGUGAUCUAGCAGUGAAACUUGCAUUUGAGGAACCAAUAGCUCUAGGAUAUAAAAUAUAUAAAAUAUA